UAGGGAUAUAUUUUGGAGCCGGACCUCAUAAUGAAAGCAUGAUUUUAAAUAACAGUUUGAAAGACGACUUGUGUUUUGAAGGACAUGUUUAAUAUAUUUUUAAUGCUCUCGGUCUUGAAUACGUCCAGUACCAUUCUGCUGGAUAUAGUCACAGUCUUCCUGUCUCCCUCUUUUUCCACUGUUACGUUGUUGCCAUAACAAUAAGGCGGACGUGUCUCCGUCCGGGCUUUUAACAACUAAUGUUCCUCCACCACGUCUCACCUGAAGCUUUGUUUCAUCUUGGAAGCUUGGAAGAUACUCAGUUAUUGAAAAUAUAUGCCAGGACAUUUCGCACGUGUCAGGAUGGUCUGGGCAAGGUAUUUAUUAACUGCAGGGCUCCAGAGCUGCAGAUGCAGAGUGAGAUAUCAUGUAAAGAGACAUUAUGGCUUUAUUCCAGAUGAUGUCAAAUCAUUGCGCGCUCUGGUCAACCCUGAUAUAUCCAAGAUCCGAAACAUUGGCAUUAUGGCCCACAUCGACGCAGGAAAGACGACAACCACAGAGAGGAUGCUUUAUUACUCCGGCUACACACGGGCACUGGGAGACGUAGACGACGGGGACACAGUCACAGAUUUUAUGGCCCAAGAGAGGGAGCGUGGCAUUACCAUACAGUCGGCAGCAGUCACGUUUGAUUGGAGAAGUCAUAGAAUAAACCUUAUAGACACCCCAGGUCAUGUUGACUUCACUCUUGAGGUGGAGCGCGCACUUCGUGUCCUCGAUGGGGCCGUUGCAGUUUUUGAUGCCUCUGCCGGUGUUGAGGCUCAGACUCUGACUGUGUGGAGACAAGCGGAGAAGCACCACAUUCCCUGUGUUUGUUUCCUGAAUAAGAUGGAUAAACCUGCAGCCAACUUGAGUUUUUCCAUCGAGAGCAUAAGACAGAAGCUGAAAGCCAACCCAGUCCUACUGCAGAUUCCUGUUGGCAGUGGCAAGAACUUCACAGGUGUGGUUGACCUGUUAACCAACCAGAAGCUGAUAUGGAAAAUUAAAUCAAUGGGAGAUGAUGGACGGAUGUUCGAAAGCAAACCCUUGGACCAGUCUGACGAGCCAGAACUCAUGCAGGAGGUCAAUGAGGCCAGGGCUGCUUUAAUUGAACAGGUUGCUGAUCUGGAUGAUGAGUUUGCUGAACUGUUGUUAACUGAUUUUAGUGACAAUUUUGAUGCGGUUCCUCCUGUCAAACUACAAGAGGCUGUGCGGCGCCUGACUCUGGCCCGUAAAGGCGUCCCAGUGCUCUGUGGGAGCUCUUUGAGGAACAAAGGUGUCCAACCUCUUUUGGAUGCCAUCAUCGCCUACCUGCCUGCCCCCAAUGAACGGCACCAUGACCUGGUGCGGUGGUACAAAGAUGACUUGUGUGCUCUGGCCUUCAAGGUUCUCCACGACAAGCAGCGCGGUCCUCUGGUGUUUCUUAGGAUUUACUCUGGUACUCUGAAACCACAGACGGCCGUCCACAACAUCAACAGGAACAGCAUUGAGAGGAUGAGCAGGCUACUUGUGCCAUUUGCAGAUCAGAAUGUAGAAAUUCCCUCCAUGACGGCUGGAAACAUCGCCCUGACUGUCGGACUGAAGCAGACAGUCACAGGGGACACCAUUGUUUCAUCCAAGGCUUCGGCAGCAGCUGCAGCCCUCCGAGCUCACAGUGACAAUGGCGCGGGGGAGAAGCGUGGGGACCAUGCAACUGUGCUGCUUUCAGGCGUGGAGGUCCCCGAUCCCGUUUUCUUCUGCACUAUAGAACCGCCCACCAUGGCCAAACAGGCUGAUCUUGAGAAUGCCCUUAAUUGCCUCCAGAGAGAAGACCCCAGCCUUAAAGUGAGGGUUGACCCCGAUUCUGGCCAGACGGUUUUGUGUGGGAUGGGAGAGCUGCACAUCGAGAUCAUCCACGAUCGAAUCAGAAGAGAGUAUGGCAUUGAGACUGACCUUGGCCCACUACAGGUGGCUUACCGAGAGACUGUUCUCCACGAGGCCUCGACUGCAGAUACACUGGACCGGACCUUUGGGGAAAGAAGACAUGUUGUGACAGUGGAGCUGGGUGUCAGACCUGUGGACUCCGCAAGUGGUUCAUGUGACUUUGCGUUCACAGAGGAAGUUGAGGGGAAACUAUCACAAGAAAUGAAGGAUGCAGUGGAAAACGGAGUGCAGAGUUCAUAUCUUCAAGGUCCAUUGCUAGGAUAUCCUUUACUCGGCGUAACUACACUGAUCCAUAGUGUCAACAUUGAACCGGGAACGUCUCCCGCCAUGGUGUCUGCCUGCGUUUCCCGCUGUAUGGACAAGGCCCUGAGGCUGGCAGGAGGUCAGGUCCUGGAGCCAGUGAUGUCACUGGAGGUGACAGUCGAGGAGGAACAACUUGGCUCUGUGCUUGGGGACUUGGCCCAAAGACGAGGUACAGUCAGAGACAUCCAGAGUCGUCAUGACAACAAGGUGCUGCUAGCAACCGUGCCCUUGGCAGAAAUGAUGGGCUAUUCCACCAUCCUGCGAACAAUAACGUCCGGCAACGCCACUUUCUCCCUUGAACUGGACACCUACAAGGCCAUGAACCCCCAGGACCAGAACACCCUUCUUAAAAGAGUGGCGGGCCUGUUGUGAUUGAUGUUCACAACCCUGUCACAGAUCAGGAAUGGGACCAGUGGCCUUCUGAAAUGAGGCAUGGUUACAACCCAAACAGACUUUUCCAGGACUGUCACAUCUGAGUAAAAUAUAAUAAUAGUAUAUAUGUGUAAAAUAAAUGUGCAACCAAUUACUUCA